UCAAUAAUAUUUAGAAAGGAGGAGGAACGAAGGUCAAACUGCUCUUAAAUCAUUCUCUUUCGCCGGAGAGCUCAAGAUUGAAGGGUGAAUUUCCAGUUUCGCAGCUGCAAAUUGUUGAAAAUCUUGUGAACUUCAACCUGGAAAUCAAUCAGAAAGCCGGAAUCGACGGUCACUCUUCAGUCUUUGACAGUCGAAGUUCUUAGAGCUCAAAAGUUUGAUUCAACUAUUGCUUCUGAGCCUCCGGUUGUACCAUCACGACCUUUUGAGUUGAUUCAGAAGCUAAUUUGAAGUCGAAGUUGACCGAGAAAGAGCAGAAAUGGCCGUGGUUGCUUCAGCUCCAGGGAAAGUUUUAAUGACCGGAGGUUACCUUGUCUUGGAGAAACCGAAUGCUGGGCUCGUACUUAGUACUAAUGCUCGUUUUUAUGCAAUUGUAAAACCCAUUUACGAGGAAAUCAAGCCUGACAGCUGGGCAUGGUCAUGGACAGAUGUUAAAUUGACAUCUCCUCAGCUCCUGAGAGAGAGCAUCUACAAAUUGUCAUUGAAAAACCAAUCCCUUCAGAGUGUCUCUCCAAGUCAAUCAAGAAACCCUUUUGUAGAAAGAGCAGUGGAAUAUUGUGUAGCAGCUGCUUGUGCAAAAUUUGUUGACAAGGACAAUGAGGAUGCAUUACACAAACUGCUCUUGCAAGGACUUGAUAUCACUAUUUUAGGUUGCAAUGAGUUCUACUCUUAUCGGAGUCAGAUUGAGGCUCGUGGACUCCCACUAACGUCAGAAUCAUUGGCUUCCUUGCCUCCUUUUUCAUCAAUUACAUUCAAUGAUGAGGAAUCAUAUGGAAAAGAUUGCAAGCCUGAUGUUGCAAAAACUGGAUUGGGCUCAUCUGCUGCAAUGACAGCUGCUGUAGUUGCUGCUUUACUUAACUACCUAGGGGUUGUAAAUCUUUCCUUAUCGACAGGUGACCAAGAACAGAGAGGCAGUGCGGAUCUUGAUUUGGUGCAUAUAAUAGCUCAAAGUGCCCAUUGCAUUGCACAAGGAAAAGUUGGCAGUGGCUUUGAUGUCAGUUCUGCAGUUUAUGGUAGUCAACGCUAUGUUCGGUUUUCACCAGAAGUGCUUUCUUCUGCUCAGGCUGCCAAGAAUGGAUUACCCAUAGAAGAGGUCAUUGUCGAUAUCUUAAAUCAGAAGUGGGACCAUGAGAGGACUAAGUUCUCUUUGCCUCCAUUAAUGACUCUUGUACUUGGGGAGCCAGGAGUAGGAGGGUCAUCCACGCCUUCAAUGGUAGGUGCUGUCAAAAAAUGGCAAAAAUCUGACCCUCAAAGGUCCCUAGAGACGUGGAGGCAGUUGUCCGAAGGGAACUCAGAACUUGAAAAUCAACUCAAUACGUUGAGUAAACUUGCAUCUGAACACUGGGAUGCUUAUAAAUAUAUCAUAAACCAUUGUUGCAAGCUGACCUCGGAGAAGUGGAUUUAUCAAGCCACAGAACCAAGCCAGCAAGCCAUCAUCAAAGCAUUAUUAGGAGCAAGAAAUGCUAUGCUCCAGAUCAGGCAUCAUAUGCGCUUAAUGGGUGAAGCUGCUGGUGUUCCGAUUGAGCCAGAUUCACAAACGAAGCUUUUAGAUACUACCAUGAAUAUGGAAGGAGUCCUGUUAGCCGGUGUUCCCGGGGCAGGUGGGUUUGAUGCUGUUUUUGCUGUGACCUUGGGAGACUCAAUCAGCAAUGUGACUAAAUCAUGGAGUUCACUGGAUAUUUUGACUCUCCUUGUUAGAGAAGAUCCCCGUGGUGUUGCUUUGGAAAGUUGUGAUCCACGAACCAAGGCAAUUACAUCAGCUGUCUCAUCAGUUCAUAUUUAGGAAAAGGAAGGUUUUCAUCUUGUUCUAUUAUAUCAAAUAAUUUAUCAUUUCAAUUGAAAAAGUGAAUUUUCUUUGAAAAAUUAUUCCAAAUUAUUAGAUAAUUAAUAAUUGCUUCACCUCAUUCACUGAUUGGAUGAACGUUAAUGUAAUCUUCUUUUAUUUACAUUAUGUAUUACUCUUUCUUUAUUAAUAAGAGAACUAGCUAGCAUUAAUGUU